AUGCCAUUGUUUUCCUGGAGGGAGAACCCCAAGAGACUCCUCCUGCACCCCCCCAGGCCCCCAGCAAUCCCAGAGGGGUGGCUGGCCGGCCGGCCAGCCAGCGCUGCAGCCCGGGCCACAGAGAGGCUCCCCCGCCCCAACCGGACCCUGCUGGGCCGCCCGGUGGGUGGGAUUCCUUGCGCAGGAGCGCCCUCUGCUGCCCACACGGCCUCCGCCUUCCUUUUGAGGCCAGAAGACGCGCCCGUUCAGCCGCAGUUGGACGCCGCGCAGCGCCCGAGAAUCCACAGCGCCCCACGUGCACGACCCCAGCAGUCCUCAGGACAGCCUGUAAGAGUGGGGGGGGGCACGAUUGCCAUCCUCUGCCACAGGCCCACUGUGCCAAGGGAGAAGCCGAGGCUUCGAGGGGCUCGUUGGCACAAGUCUACCCAGCUGGGCUCCUGGCAACGGCGAGAUCUGAACCGGGGGCUUCCCAAAGCACACCUCCCCCAGGUGACCUCGCCACGAGCUCUCACGGCGGAGCGGCCUCCUCUCCUGGCACAAGCCGCGGCAACGGCUCGUUUGGCAGCGUCUCGUUCCGAGCGCGGCUCACCCCCCGAAGGCGGCUGUCGCAGAACCACCCGCGGCCCUAACGCGGGUGGCCAAAGGAACGGGGAAGCCCCCCCCCCCCCGGCACUCCUGCUUUUGCCGCGUCGGACUGAGCCGCGGACUGCGGGGCGGGUGUGCCCCACGCAGGAGAGCCCGCGCGCUGCCGGUCCUCGCGUUUGA